AUGAGCACAACCAAGCCCAGCGGGCUCAAAGCGCCCAGCAAGAUAGGCAGGUCGACUGGGGCGCCAGCCACCAAGACCACACCCUCCACUGGUAAGAGGUCCUCGUCCCUCUUAGCACCAGCAGUUCUCAUGGCCUUGCUGCUUCUCAUUAGGGGCUGUGGUAGCUACAGCACCUAACCUCUGGCUUUGAUGUCAUCAAUCAGCUUACGGUUGCAAUAAAAUGGGCUUUACUGCUUCAUCAGUCUGGAUCUGCUGAUGCGGCUUGACUAGAUUUGAUGUAGACAUUAUGCUGAUCAGUCACUGGCCAUUUUGGAUCUGUAAGCUAUAGUAUUUAUCCCCCAAAUCUCUCCAAUAUGGUGGAUUAACUAUAUUUUUAAGUAGGAUACAUUUGGUGAAUUGAGUCCACUAGAGGCUUUAGACACAGCAGGCUUUAUCUUGGUGUGUAAAAUGUGAACCCUGUGCUGGUAUUUUGUUUCAAAGCAUUGACAGUAGGGGUGUAACGAUCCAUCUACUACAUCGAUGUAUCGAUUUAUAUUCCUAUGAUCCAACUACAUCGAUCUGUGCUCGGCGAGUUGGCCUUUUGGACAACAUAUAUCGAUCUAACAUCGUUUUAAAAUGUAAUAAAUCGAUUGUAUCGAUACUAGGAAAUAACCCAUUGGAUUUAAGCACGUCAGACUUUAUAUGGAUGUUUUUUCUUAGCACUUUUAAUGAUAAAGGCUUUAAACAUUACUCGAUUCAGUCUGCCUAUCCGUGACGUCAUCGCGCCAGCAGCAGCGCAAAGGCGCCAAGACAACAAAACAUAGCAUGGCGGACGACAGAGGAGAAGCCGACGAGCGAGAAAUUAUCAAGCCACCAUUGCGGUCCUUACAAGAAACAGGAAUCUAGGAAACUUCACCUGCACUGUCCAGUAUCCAGGUAUUUAUUUCAGUCACACUGGUUGAAUUUUUGGCUAAAAGGUUACUGAAUCGAUUUCAAGUCACUGAAUCGUUUCGGAUCGUAUCGUUCUAAAUGAACCAAUAUCGUCCUUGAAUCGUAUCGACAACCACGAAUCGUGAUACAAAUCGAAUCGUUGUUAAAACGAAUCGUUACACCCCUAGUUGACAGUCAGAGGUCAUGUGAAAAUGCGACUGUGAAGUUUGACCUCAUGUAAAUUACAUUAUUAGUGCAUUGCUCAGCUAUUAACAUAUGAGCCAAUUUAUUUGUAUAUAGAAAAUCAGGCAACCUUAAUUAUUGGGCCUGAUCAAAUGUUGACAGUAGAAUGUGCCUUCAGAAAUUAUUCAUACCCCUUGACUUAUUCCACAUUUUGUUGUGUUACAGCCUGAAUUCAAAAUUGAUAAAAUAAAAUUCUCACCCAUGUUUAGAAAACAACAUAAUUUACAUAAGUAUUCACACCCCUGAGUCAAUACAUGUUAGAAUCACCUUGGGAGCAAUUACAGCUGUGAGUCUUAAUGGGUAAGUCUCUAAGAGUGUUGCACACCUGGCUUGUACAACAUUUUGCACAUUAUUCUUUUUUAAAUUUUUCAAGCUUUGUCAAGUUGGUUGUUGAUCAUUGCUAAAUAGCCAUUUUCAAGUCUGGCCAUAGAUUUUCAAGCCGACAAAAAAUAUAUACACUACCGUGCAAAAGUUUGGGGUCACUUAGAAAUGUUCUUGUUUUCAAUGAAAACAUACAUGAAAUUAGUUUGAAUAGGAAAUAUAGCAAAAUGCAUAGGAAAUGUAGUCAUUGACAAGGUUAGAAAUAUUUGUUUAUUGAAAUAAUAAUUGUGUCCUUCAAACUUUGCUUUCGUCAAAGAAACCUCAAUUUGCAGCAAUUACAGCCUUGCAGACCUUUGGCAUUCUAGUUGUCAAUUUGUUGAGGUAAUCUGAAGAGAUUUCACCCCAUGCUUCCACAACAGCUCAAUAGGGUUGAGAUCCGGUGACUGUGCUGGCCACUCCAUUAUAGACAGAAUACCAGCUGACUGCUUCUUCCCUAAAUAGUUUGGAGCUGUGCUUUGGGUCAUUGUCCUGUUGUAGGAGGAAAUUGGUUCCAAUCAAGCGCUGUCCACAGGGUAUGGCAUGACGUUGCAAAAUGGAGUGAUAGCCUUCCUUCUUCAAGAUCCCUUUUACCCUGUACAAAUCUCCCACUUUACCACCACCAAAGCACCCCCAGACCAUCACAUUGCCUCCACCAUGCUUGAAAGAUGGCAUCAAGCACUCCUCCAGCAUCUUUUCAUUUGGUCUGCGUCUCACAAAUGUUCUUCUUUGUGAUCCGAACACCUCAAACUUUGAUUCGUCUGUCCAUAACACUUUUUUCCAAUCUUCCUCUGUCCAGUGUCUGUGUUCUUUUGCCCAUCUUAAUCUUUUCUUUUUAUUGGCCAGUCUGAGAUAUGGCUUUUUCUUUGCCACUCUGCCUAGAAGGUCAGCAUCCCGGAGUCGCCUCUUCACUGUUGAAGACGUUGAGACUGGUGUUUUGCGGGUACUAUUUAAUGACGCUGCCAGUUGAGGACCUGUGAGGCGUCUGUUUCACAAACUAGACACUUAAUGUAUUUGUCCUCUUGCUCAGUUGUGCACUGGGGCCUCCCAUUCCUCUUUCUAUUCUGGUUAGAGCCAGUUUGCGCUGUUCUGUGAAGGGGUAGUACACAGCGUUGUACGAGAUCUUCAGUUUCUUGGCAAUUUCUCGCAUGCAAUAGCCUUCAUUUCUCAGAACAAGAAUAGACUGACGAGUUUCAGAAGAAAGUUAUUUGUUUCUGGCCAUUUUGAGCCUGUAAUCGAACCCACAAUUGUUGAUGCUCCAGAUACUCAACUAGUCUCAUAAAGGUCAGUUUUAUUGCUUCUUUAAUCAGCACAACAGUUUUCAGCUGUGCUAGCAUAAUUGCAAAAGGGUUUUCUAAUGAUCAAUUAGCCUUUUAACAUGAUAAACUUGGAUUAGCAAACACAACGUGCCAUUGGAACACAGGACUGAUGGUUGCUGAUAAUGGGCCUCUGUACGCCUAUGUAGAUAUUCCAUUAAAAAUCAGCUGUUUCCAGCUACAAUAGCCAUUUACAACAUUAACAAUGUCUACACUGAUCAAUUUUAUGUUAUUUUAAUGGACAAUUUUUUUUAUUUUCUUUCGAAAACAAGGACAUUUCACUGCCUGGUAAGUAAUACUGUGAAACACUGUCAUUCCACUAUUAGCGGCAGAUAUAUUAUGGAAAUUUUCUGAAAUUACAAUGCAAAAAUUCUAAGAAAUCCUAUGUGUAGCACCUUUAAGUCAAAACUGUAAUUAGGCCACUCAGGAACAUUCAAUGUCGUCUUGGUAAGCAACUCCAGUGUAUAUUUGGCCUUGUGUUUUAGGUUAUUGUCCUGCUGAAAGGUGAAUUUGUCUCCCAGUGUCUAUUGGAAAGCAGACUGAACCAGGUUUUCCACUAGGAUGUUGCCUGUGCUUAGUUUCUUUUUAUCCAAUAACACUCCCUAGUCCUUGUAGAUAAACAGCAUAACCCAUUACGUGAUGCAGCCACCACCACGCUUGAAAAUAUGAAGAGUGGUACUCAGUGAUGUCUUGUUGGAUUUGCGCCAAUCAUAACGCUUUGUAUUCAGGUCAUAAAGUUAAUUUCUUUGCCACAUUUUUUGCAAUUUUAUUUUAAUGCCUUAUUGCAAACAAGAUGCAUGCUUUGGAAUAUUUGUAAUCUGUACAGGCUUCCUUCUUUUCACUCUGUCAUUUAGUUUAGUGUUGUGGAGUAAAUACAAUGUAGUUGAUCCAUCUUCAGUUGUCUGCUAUCACAGCCAUUAAACUCGGUAACUGUUUUAAAGUCACAAUUGGCCUCAUGGUGAAAUCCCUGAGCGGGUUAGGAAGGACGUCUGUAUCUUUGUAGUGACUGGGAGUAUUGAUACACCAUCCAAAGUGUAAUUAAUAACUUUACCAUGCUCAAAGGGAUAUUCAAUGUCUGCUUUAUUUAUUUUUACCCAUCUACAAAUAGGUGCCCUUCUUUGUGAGACAUUGGGAAACCUCCCUAGUCUUUGUGGUUGAAUCUGUGUUUGAAAUUCACUGCUCGACUGAGGGACCUUACAGAUAAUUGUAUGUGUGGGAUACAGAGAUGAGGUAGUCAUAAAAAAAUCAUGUUAAACACUAUUAUUGCACACAGAGUGAGUCCAUGCAACUUAUGUGACUUGUUAAGCAAUGUUUUACUCCUGAACUUAUUUAGUCUUGUCGUGACAAAGGGGUUGAAUACUUAUUGACUCAAGACAUUUCAGCUUUUCAUUUUUUAUUAAUUUGUAAAAAUGUCUAACAUAAUUACACUUUGACAUUAUGGGGUAAUGUGUGUAGGCCAGUGACACAUCUCAAUUUAAUACAUUUUAAAUUCAGGCUGUAAUAACAAAAUGUGGGAAAAGUAAAGGGGUGUGACUACUUUCUGAAGGCACUGUAUGUAACAUAUUUCACUCUGGGGUAAGAAUAGCAGGGUAAAGGUGUCAUUUUCUGUGGGCUAAUUCCUUCAUGUUAACCCUGUUAGCUCAGCUAACCACGGACCAACUUUAGUGGCGUUGGCACACUGGCAGUAAUUGGAUGAUUUCCACCUGUUUCCAUGCAGCAGGAUCCAAAGUAGCUGCAGCCGACAAGUCCACUCCAGAUGGCAGUGCAGCUGGGACACAAGAUGGUGGGGAGAACUUCCAGGUCGGGGAGCGAGUGUGGGUGAAUGGGAACAAACCUGGCGUGGUGCAGUUCCUGGGGGAGGCUCAGUUUGCACCAGGGCAGUGGGCUGGCAUAGUGUUGGAUGAGCCCAUUGGGAAGAACGAUGGCUCGGUGGCAGGGGUGCGCUAUUUCCAGUGCGAGGCCCUGAAGGGCAUAUUCACGCGCCCCUCUAAGCUGUCCUACACAGAGGGCGAUGCCAACGGUACUCAGACAGCACCUCCGUCUCGGGCUGGGUCGCCCACCCCCUCCACCGCCAGCCUGGCCUCUCACACCCCCUCUGUCAAAAAAGCCUCAACUGCAACGCCCGCUACGCCAGCCACUCUAGCCUCCAACCUGGCACGCACAAACAGUGAGUCCAUCUCCAACCUCUCAGACACCAGCUCGGUCAAGAAGGGGGAGAGGGAGCUGAAGAAUGGAGACCGCGUUUUGGUAAGGCUUAGUUCAUUUACACUUUGAAUGCAGCUGUUAUUUUGGAUCAGGCAGCUUUUAUCCUGAAGCACCUGCCUGCUAGUCCAUCUAUGCAAGUUUGUCUCAAAUGUUCCCCCUCUCCCUAUUGAGACUGUCUCCUGGCCUCCUACCCCUGUUCCAGGUUAGAGAGGGCUAAGCCCCCGCCCCCUCCCCUUGUGUGGCCACAUUGCUGUAAAUACAGGCUUGUCUCAGAGUCACACGACUGACCUCUCCUCCCGCUUACCAUGGUAAUCUCUCAGGAAUGUGUCUGCGGAACACAACCUCCACCCACCUCCUUCCCAACUUCUCACUGACCAAUGAGAACAUCCGUUCUAACACUCCUCAGUGUGCUCAAUUCAGUGAGUUCAGUUUCUGUGUAUAGUCCCUCAGUUCACAGCCGAGCUCUGUCCUCUUAUGAGCACCUUCCGUCCUGAAUGUUGUCCAAGGCCCCUCUUUCUUUCUCUCCGUCAGCCUCAGUCUGUAGGCUGUGUAACACAUUGUGUUAAGAGGAAAUGUCACCCACGCUCAGAGGAAGGGAGGGUGCUUUUCUCACCACAGUAUUCCUCACUUCUCCCUUUUAAGCAGUGGUCACCAACCGGUCGAUCGCGAUAGACUGGUCGAUCUCCAAGGCAUUACUAGUUGAUCACCAAAGGUUUCUGUAAAAAAACAAACGAUAAAGCUUUGCAUUCCUAUAUUUUUUAUUUGUUUUGCGCUGUUGGUGCUAGGUGCACUUGAUUCAGCAGCCCUAGUUGUGUGUUCCCAUAUUUAACCAUUUCAUGUGUCUGAAGGUAGAGAACUCCGCCUACCCGGCAGCCCCAGAGAGCAAGUCAAGUGCACCUAUAGGCCUACCGCUGGCCAAUCAGGUAUCUCAGAUCACUGUGUCUGCACAGUUUCCUCAAGCCAUAGACUGUAAAAAGAAGCCUCAAACACAGCAAAGUUGAUACUGUGAGAUUUCAAAACUUUUAAAACCAUGACUACAGAGUGACUCAACGAAUACAGCAAAGUGCUGCUGUUUUUAUGAUUAAGUUCAUGUUUAAGUUGUUAUUCAACACUUUGUUCAAAGCUUUUAUAAGCCAUAAAAUGCACGUUCUCCCUACUUGCACUCACGGGAGAGUGGAGGGACGGUGAGUCGGUUGAUAGGCAGCUCACCGCUGCUCCUCCCCUCCCCUCAGACAGGCCAUCAGUCCCAAGAAAGAAAGAAAAAAAGCUGUCCCUCACAAGUAAUACAACUAAUUAUCUAUUACCAUAUCAUUUUUAAAUGGUCUGAGAAGAACAACAUUGGCAGGGCAAUUCAAGCAUAGCCAAUAUGCAGAGAUAAUGUAAUGGGCCUAUAGCCUACUGCACAAACCUCAUUGCUACAGAACUGUUUCUAAUUGGUUAAUGUUGCAUAGGCUUACGUUUUUUAAGUCAUGUUUAAAACAAAUCAGAGCGGUAGAUCUUGGCUUGCAUUUUGACUUAGAAAGUGAUCACUGCUUUAGAGAAUUAGAAAAGGAAACACUGAUGAUGUAUUUAUCAGCCCUGUGAUGUUGACAGGUUGCAUGUAUUGAUUAUUAUGAUUAUUAUUUCUACUGUUGCCUUGGUUUUAUCUCAUGCCAAGCUAGUUUUUUAAUUAUUAUUAUUAUUCUUUUUUUGCCAAGCUAGUUACCCUGCUUUUGAGAUUAUUUCGGUAAUCUGAACUCUUUCUUUGUACCUUCACUGCAGGUUGGUGGCACAAAAGCUGGUGUGGUUCGCUUUCUUGGUGAAACAGACUUUGCCAAGGGAGAGUGGUGUGGUGUGGAACUGGAUGAGCCCCUUGGAAAAAACGAUGGGGCAGUGGCAGGAACCAGGUAAUCAGACCAGAGAGGAUUAUCACACAGGCUUGAGAAAGAUGCCACUCUUGCAACAAAUUUGUUUAAAAGAGAGUUAAGUACAGCCAAGUCUUAUGGGUGUUAUUAAUAUAUUAUUUUGGGGGGGCAGUGACAUCUGUUUUUUGUCUUAUCCCCUUCAUUUGUAUUUCCGCAGAUACUUUCAAUGCCAACCCAAGUAUGGCCUGUUUGCCCCAGUCCACAAGGUCACGCGCAUCGGCUUCCCCUCCACCACGCCGGCCAAGGCAAAGACCACGGUGCGGAAGUUGGUGGCCACGCCCUCAGGCCUGAAGCGCAGCCCCAGCGCCUCCUCCAUCAGCUCCAUGAGCUCUGUGGCCUCCUCCGUCAGCGCCAAGCCCAGCCGCACAGGCCUGGUGAGGCACACAUACACACACUCAUAAGUGCAUUCAUACUUUAAUUGGUCUUGUCUUUUGCUGUCCUGAGUAGAUCUCCCAUCCCCCCCAUUAACCAGUCUAAACACUCUUCUUCUACCCCCCACCACAGCUGACAGAAACGUCAUCGCGGUACUCGAGAAAGAUCUCUGGCACCACAGCAGUUCAGGAGGUGCUGAAGGAGAAGCAGCAGCACAUCGAGCAGCUGAUGGCGGAGCGGGACAUGGAGAGGGCAGAGGUGGCCAAGGCAACCACCCAUGUGGGCGAGGUGGAGCAGGAACUGACCCUGCUGAGAGAGGACCAGGAGCAGGUCAAUACAUACCUAGUUUCAUACAUGACAAUGACAAACCUUGCGUAAUUUGAGGAGGACCCAUGAAAACACCUUAAUGCUGUACCUCAAUCACACACUCAUGUUACAUAAACCUCUGUACUGCCAUCUGCUGCCAAUGCUCACCACUGUAAAUGAGAAAACACUUGUGUUUUUACAGCCAACCGCUGGAUGCAUAGCGGCCUUCCAUAAUGUAGUUUUUUCUUGAGUGUCUCUCAACUUAUAUUCAUGAUCUGUUUAAUGAAUAUAUAUUCAUGUGUUGUGAAGAUGGAGGCCAAGAUGGACCAAUUACGCACCCUGGUGGAGGCUGCAGACAAGGAGAAGGUUGAGCUGCUCAAUCAGCUGGAGGAGGAGAAGAGGUGAGGCUUCAGAGGGGUGUGGGGUGAAGGGAGACCUGGGGGUAGCGGGUCUAACUAUGGGUAUAACUAUGUUCUGAUGGUGGAAAGAUGUGUUAUAAAGUUAUCAGUUCAGUAUCACAGGAGGGAAAUGGGGGGAAAAGGACAUAUGAAGUAUGUACAUCCAAUCUCCACAGUGUAGUGUGGAGUGUUGAAUUUAGAACCUAGAAUAUGAUUCCAAGGUCAGAUUGAAACCAUGUUUCAAACCCUUGAUCCUUGAUUCCUUUUUCAGACCUCUUAUGUUAAAUUUUCCUGAACUAUAAUAUGAACUGUGCUCUGUGUGAUAGGAAAGUGGAGGACCUCCAGUUCCGCGUGGAGGAAGCUUGCAUUACCAAAGGAGACCUGGAGGUAAACACACACACACUCUUCUACACAAACACAAAAAUAUGGAUACAGCUUUCCUUUGUAUGCACAUCUUUGACAUGUCCCUAUCUUAAGUUAAAAUCUGCCCCUAAGUGACUGUAAUUAAUCAAUUUGAUGCUGAGGUAUAUCAGAAAUACACCAACACUGCAACUCAGUCCAUCUGUGAAUUAAAAGUCACUCCGCAACAUCCCUGCUCAAAAUCCCUGAGAUUAAAAGUGGUGGAGAAUGUGCAUUAGAUUCUAACAUAAUGAAUAAAUAAAUCUUAUCGAAGUUCCCAAUUUGGCUACUCUGUAUGCAUUUUAUCACCAGUUUGGCCACCGGCUUGUGAUUUUAAGUUGGCAAGUGAGUGAUUGGUGUCCUUGUCAGUGACAUCUCCUUAAUCUAGUAUGCCAAGGACUGAGCAUUAAAUAUUCUCUGCAGUCUGUCUAUAUCAGAGAUCCGUCCUGCCCAGUGCCCACAGUCCUAUUAGGUUUGUUGCAUGAUGGAUGCCAUCUCAUAUGCCCAGUAAAAUGAGACUCAAGACUGAUAUCUCAUUCUCUCUAUGGUACGGAUGACACAAGUGACCGCAAGGUCAUCCGUUCCUCCAUGGAGCAGGGCUGUCAGAAUCAGACCUGACUGAGCCUGGCUCUGAUGUUAUUUUAGUGUCCAUGAAGUCAUGCUUCUGCGCAUUGUAGACGAUCAGCCUGAGCAUGGCACUGUGAAGACUCACUGAUGUACAAAUAACCCCCCAAACUAUUAUCCAUGUAUUGUGAUUUAUCCAAAUAUGUGCAGUGCCUUGCUUAGACCGAGCUUCACAAACCUGGAGGUCUUCCUCAUUUCAUGACUAUCUAGCGUGUGAAAAUUAACACAGCUUGAAUGUUUUGGAACACAGUUUGCUUGAAAUAAACACCCAAGCCAAGGAUAAUUUUAGGAAGUAGUUGGUGUUUAUUUCUUUCCUGCUCCCCUCUCGCUAAGAAAUACCAGUGGCACAUCAGACUGUAAUCUUAGCAAAGUGUUCUUCACCAUCGCUCUAGUGCUACUUGAUGGGAAUGAGGAAAGGUGGGCUAUUUCUUGGAAAACGACUUACUAUUUCUGCCUCUCCCUUGGCAAACCAUAUCUUUGUUUACGGAGCAGAGACUGGGAAGCAAGUGGACUCGGGGGCUGUUUAACAUGUACACAUGUUUGAUUUGUGUCAUUAUCUAUCCCACAGUGCAACUCCAAUCAGGGGACCAUCUCAAUUACCCCGAAGGCGUCCCACUUCAAAUGUUAUCUUUAAAAAUGAGUGCUACAGGGUUAGAAGUAAUACCACCUUUUUUUAAAUCUUCAUUUGAUUGCAUACUAAUGGUCUGUGUACUACUUACUGCAAAAAAUGUGUUAUUCACAUGCAUGCAGCUUUUAAAAAAAACACUAAAACCAACAAACCAAACCAACACAGCAAAUGCUUUCUGUUGAUUUCAAGCAACUGACGGUGUACUAAUGUUGUCCUGUAACUGCUUCAGUCAGUGAUGUUACUGCUGCUUUUUCUUCUCCUCUUGUCCUUCAUGUUGGCCCAGUGCUAAGCAUGGAACCACUGGAGAUGCUCCCCUCCACCAUCUCACAGCCUAGUCACAGUCUUGAGCUCCAACCUUCCAUUGCAAUCUGUUGAAAUCAGAAGUAAAUGUUCUGCACUUGGUAGCAAUUCAGAAUAGGGGAUAUUGAAAAAUUAGGGGCAUUUUAAUCUUAAGGUUGAACUUAAUGAAUUGGGGGAGGGAUACUAGUAAUUUACUGAUUUGUCUGUUCUAAGUUGUUUUUUAAAAUAAAUGUACAUGGUUUCUGAUAUUGUUUUAUCUACUGAUCAGUGAUCUUUAUACUCACUAAACAAAUGGGUGUGAUCACAAAAGAGAGAGAGAGAGAGCAGUGUUGCUGUUACAACCUGCCACACUUUGCUGUUUCAUGUGAAUAGUUAAGUUUCAUCUCCCUUUCCUGUUCACAUGAAUGUGCAUAAAGGCCCUCAAAAUCAUAGAGUAAAGCAGGAGAUGGUGGUGGGGAACGCAAAAACAUGCCAACAGUGCUUUCCCUUUUUCUAUGUGGUCACGUCCAUUUCGAUUUGCACUCAUUUGCUGGCUCACUCACUCUGUUGUUCACACAUACUUAUAUGCAUUCCUUCCUAGUCUUUCCCUUUGGUUGUUCUCCAGGUCAUUCUGCAUGGAUUCCUCUCAUCACAACCAACAACUGCACAUCCAUAAGCAUAACACAUCUCCCCUCUCCCUUGCUGCUUCUACCAUAUCCUCAUAUCAUCCUCCAGCAACAUCCCCAAUGCUCACCUGUGCUAGGCAUGGGAUCUGCAUGGGGUACCCUUCCCUCCCAUCCCCACUCCACCUCCCUCCACCGCCUCCUUCACCCACCCCCAAACCUUCCCUCACUCUCCCUCUGUCUGCGUUGGGCUGGCAUGUGAUGGUGGCACUGGUUGUGUUCUCUUCCUCUCCCUUCUUUACUAACAGACGCAGACCAAACUGGAGCAUGCCCACAUUAAGGAGCUUGAACAGAGCCUGCUCUUUGAAAAGACCAAAGCUGAGAAACUCCAGAGAGAAUUAGAAGACACUAGGGUAAUGGAUCUUGCUCUCUGCACGGUGGUGCGUUUGGAAAGAGGGGUGGAGUGGGGAUGGUACCGGGGGUAAUGUUGCAAAUCUUGGGAGGGGGUACAAGGGGUUACAGAGGAUCUCCAGAUACCUGUAGCACUGGCUUACAUAAGCUUUUUUAAUGUUUUUAUUUUUACCAUUCCUGCCAUAGAGGCCUGUGAAUGGGGAGUCUGUAUUUAACUGCAUUUGAAUGUCACUAAGCAAACAUUGAAUGGUGUAGUUGACUAAUCUUUUUACUUGCUAGCAAGUAGCAUCUAAGAAUAUUAUCUCUUGGCCUCAGCUGUAAGUCAGAGAACCAAUUGCAACGUAGCUUUAUAAUAUGCAGCAUCUUUCCCAGGCUUUCAUUCUCUUCCCAUUUUGUCAAACAUGAACCAUUCCCAUUCCUGUGUCUCACCAGUACAGGAAUCUUAACCACAUGGCUGCUGUCACUCAAAACAUUUGAAACACUCAGGAUUUAAACCUUGUUUAUUGGGUUGAAAUGCAAUAUCCACCCCCCCCCCCCCCACCAAACCCCCCCCCCCAAAAAAACCAAUACUAUACUUAUAGGGAAACUAUACAACAAUCCUGUUCUUUUUAGAUUAGGUUUUAGCCAGAGAACAGCAAGACUUCCACUUACGCCAUUUCAGGGCCACACUACAGAUAGGAUCAUUAGGGUUCUCCAUCGUAGAGUUGGUAUUCUCUUGCCUCUUUCUCCAUGUUUUCCUCUGCCCACAGUCUCCACAGGUUUUCUGGUGCCACAUGGUAGCCAGACAGCACCCCUAUACCUAACAAUCCCUUGCUCCCAGUUGUCCUUUGUCCCAUCCCCCCAAUCCUACCAACCCCAAUUGUCCUGCCCAUCUGGGAUCCCCCUCUUGCAAGUCUAUCUCCUACUCCCACCACUUUGCAAUGCUUUUAUGCUUCCGUCAGGGGUUUCACAGCCAAUGAUGGGGUAUUAAACUGCCAUCCUCAAGGGCCAUAGUCUCUGCUGGUUUAGUUUUUCCCCUGGUUCUUAAUUAAUCAGUUGACGUAAUUAGUUGGUGAGAGUCUUAACUAUCUAGUUUCUCUGGUCUAAAUUGACCUCUGAUAUAAAGGUAUGGAUGAAAACCAGUAGAAGCUGCAGCAUUUGGGGACAGUAGUUCAACACACAAGAAUUAUGUGUGAUGACUGAUAUGGUUCCAGCUUAUAUCCACUAGAGGGCGGUGUAAUACUUCAACUGUAGGCAUCCAAUGCAAAUGUAGGUCUGCACUGUUAACUUUCGUUGCGCUACUACUGCAGCUAUGAAGGACAUCUGUUUGUAUAGGACCCUCUUUGAAAAAUAUUGACCCAUGUAGACCUGUCUGACAGGGGGCUUGAACAGCUACCCUCUUGUCCUGCCAGUACACACACAAUCACAAUGUUUCCAAAGGUUGAAGAACACAGUUUUGUUUGAGCCAGAGUUGUGCCGUCCCAUAGGUGGCCACGGUGUCAGAGAAGUCCCGCAUCAUGGAACUGGAGAGGGACCUGGUUCUUAGGACCAGGGAGGUGGCUGACCUGCGGCUGCGUCUGGAGGUCCAGCAAAGCUCAGAGGGCUCAGACUCCACCACCUCCCCUCUCCUGGAGGAGGUGAGCUCUCUGAGGGCUCAGCUGGCCUCUCAGGAAGACCAGCAACAGGUUGAGCUGGCUGGGCUGAAGGAGAAGCUGGCAGCAGAGGAGAAGGCCCACAGUGAGGCAUUGUCUCAGUUCCAAGUCUCAUCCACCAAGAUCUCCACAGACAAUGAGCAGUUGAAGCUGCGCCUCAGCCAGAACGAGAAGGAGAAUGCAGACGUCAUAGAGCUGUGGCGCUCCAAGCUGGAUUCUGCCAUCGUCUCACACCAGCAGGCCAUGGAGGUGCUGCAGGUGUCCUUCAGCAAAGGGGCCGGUUCCCAGGCGACAGAGCUGGUGGAGACCAAGAGUGCCCUGGAGAGGCUGAAGGUGGAGCACAAGCAGGCACUGGAGGAGGCGGGGGCCAGGUGUGAGGCAGAGGCUGCAGCCCGGGCACGGGAGACGGCGGAGCUCAACAAACAGCUGCUGGUCGUGUCGGAGGAGAAGGAGUGCCUGGAGGAGAGCCUGCGGUCCAGCGUGGAGAGUGCUGAGGAGCAGCACCUGGUGGAGAUGGAGGACGUGCUGGGCAAACUGCACACUGCUGAGCUGAAGGUAAAGGAGCUGGAGGAGCAUGAGGCUAAGCUAGUCCAGCAGACCCAGGACAGGGCCAAGGAGGUCCAGGAGCAGGUGGCAGCUAUGGAGGCCCUGCAGUCCCAGGCAGGCCAAGGUAACCAUGCGCUCCAGAGCAUGAGGACCCAGCUGGAGGAGGCCCAGAGCCAAGCUCGCUCACAGGGCAACAAGGUAGGUCCAUACCCACGUCAUACUCCCAUUGUCCAUGACCAUAUUCAGUGUCUAUUUUGUGAGUUUUCCAGAAAAAUAAGCAUGAAACACACCUGUGGUAUUUCAUGUUGUAAUGAUUUAUCCCUACCUUCAAAGCCAUUUACUUUGGUUUCAUUUUAUUCAUUAUUAGCUUUUCCUUCAUUCAUUUUGUCACUCAUAAUUUUUUCCCCCUUCAAAAUGUCCUCCAUGUCCAUGGUGUCACCCCUUGGCCUGUGGCUGUAGGUCAGUGAGUUGAACUCUGAGCUGGAGGGCAAGCAGCAGGAGCUCCUCUCCUUGCAGCAGAGCCUGACCUCUGUGCAGCAGGACAAGGUCUCCCUGGAGCAAGAGAUGGGCAACCUGGUGAGUACUAGGGCUUAUGACUGGUGGUGUGGCGCCAGGGGUUGGGAAUGGGUGGCCUUGCAUGACUGAUGGGACUGUAGGGCUCAAGGUAAGCUCAGGUAAUUUUAGCUUUUUGUUUUCAUGGGAAUGAUACAAAGUAUCUACCUUCAAUUACAGACUUACGAUACCAUCAAAGAUAUAAUCCUUAAAUAAAAAUGUUGGUUAAAUAACUUGUGUACAACAUUAUUAGUUGUCAAUUAUUGUCAUGGAAAACUCUGACACUACGCAUGCACAAAUGUAUUUAUCAAAGUUUUUUAUUUCCUCAGAAACAAAAACUGUCAGAAAGCACAGACGAUCAGGCUAAGUCAACACAAACUAUGCAAGGUAAAUAUAUUGACUUUUUACGUGUAUCAACGUUACAGGAUGUUGUACCUGUAACAACGUUAGUCUUUGUUUUCUUAUUACUUGGGUUACAUGGGUUUUUAUCUGCAAGGCAUAUCAUUUUCCUAGAAACAAAACGUUGACUUCAAGCUAAUCUAAUCAAAUAAAAUAAAAUUGUAUUGGUCACAUGCACCGAAUACAACAGGUGCAGACAUUACAGUGAAAUGCUUACUUACAGCCCUUAACCAACAGUGCAUUUAUUUUAAACAAAAAAAGUAAGAAUAAAACAACAACAAAAAAAGUGUUGAGAAAAAAAGAGCAGAAGUAAAAUAAAGUGACAGUAGGGAGGCUAUAUAUACAGGGGGGUACCGUUGCAGAGUCAAUGUGCGGGGGCACCGGCUAGUUGAGGUAGUUGAGGUAAUAUGUACAUGUGGGUAGAGUUAAAGUGACUAUGCAUAAAUACUUAACAGAGUAGCAGCAGCGUAAAAAGGAUGGGGUGUGGGGGCAGUGCAAAUAGUCCGGGUAGCCAUGAUUAGCUGUUCAGGAGUCUUAUGGCUUGGGGGUAGAAGCUGUUGAGAAGUCUUUUGGACCUAGACUUGGCACUCCGGUACCGCUUGCCGUGCGGUAGCAGAGAGAACAGUCUAUGACUAGGGUGGCUGGAGUCUUUGACAAUUUUGAGGGCCUUCCUCUGACACCGCCUGGUAUAGAGGUCCUGGAUGGCAGGAAGCUUUGCCCCAGUGAUGUACUGGGCCGUACGCACUACCCUCUGUAGUGCCUUGCGGUCAGAGGCCAAGCAGUUGCCAUACCAGGCGGUGAUGCAACCAGUCAGGAUGCUCUCGAUGGUGCAGCUGUAGAAUUUUUUGAGGAUCUGAGGACCCAUGCCAAAUCUUUUUAGUCUCCUGAGGGGGAAUAGGCUUUGUCGUGCCCUCUUCACGACUGUCUUGGUGUGUUUGGACCAUGAUAGUUCGUUGGUGAUGUGGACACCAAGGAACUUGAAGCUCUCAACCUGUUCCACUACAGCCCCGUCGAUGAGAAUGGGGGCGUGCUCAGUCCUCUUUUUUUUCCUGUAGUCCCUAAUGACUAGCAAUGAUGUUGUUUUAUGCAAAUAAUUCAUUAUAUUGGUCCACAUAGCCAAGCAGUAGACAGUAGAUUAGUGCAUGCAAUUGUGCUGUAUAGUGCUAAGAAUUUGAAUGAUGCAAGCUGGUAGUGUCAUUCUAAAUUCCCUCCCUCAUUCUCUGUCAGAGUUGCUUCAGAAGCUUGGCAAAAAAGAAGAGCAGUGCACAUCACUCUCCACCGAAUCAGAGGCUCUUAGAAGCCAACUUGCAGGUCAGAACACUGGCCAGCACUGGGAUUCUUAACCUUCAGUACACACAGCUCAAUAUGACCAUUCUCCCUACGAACAUUCAGUAAUGUAACUUUGCAACCUAUACCAGGGGUCUCCAAACCUGCUUGUUUUAGGAGUGUUGAGUUUCUGCUAGAUAAACCAGGUUGUUAUGACUGAAUCAAUGUCUGAAUCAAUAGGGCAACCGCAACCUGUUUUGAGAAAGUUAUCCCUGACCAACACCACAAAAUAUCACCAAUGUUUUACUAAAAUAAUCACUAUAGAGAGUCCUAGUUAGUCAUGAUGUUUAUGUGGUGUAACAAAUUGGCUGUGUACAGUAUGUGUGUAUGUGGAUUGAGGCUCACUACUCAUGACUGAAUUAUGUUUUCCUCUCACUCAGGGCUGGAGAGGAAGCUAAAGGCUGGAGAGGAGAGGCUUGAUCAGCUCGCAAACGACAAGGCCAAGCUCCAAAGUGACAUCUCAGACAUGAUGAAGUCACAAGGAGACAUUUCAGCACAGCUUACCAAAAUGAAUGAAGACAUCACUCAGAAAGAAAGGUACACAAUGAAAUGAAGUGUCACAAACAAAGGUGUUCUCAAACAUAUUCAAAUAGUUUGGUUUACUGUCACUGUCAUCUGAGAUGUCCGCAAUCAGGUUUCCUCUAGUGCCAAUAUUUAAUGAGUGUGACAACAAUGCACAAAAUCGUCCAACAUAUGAUCGCCUGUCCAUCGCCCUGGUUUAUCAGUUCUUCAGUUUCAGUCAAAAACUGUCCUAUACAAUGAAGCCACAGUUGGUUUGAAUGCCAUCUGUCUCAUUUGGUCAGAGAUUAAUCUCCCCCUCCUCCCCUUUACCAGGAGGAUGGAAGAGUUACAGACCCAACUCGCAGAGGAGAAGAAACGGGCUGCAUGUUCUGAGGAGCAACAACAGCAGGAAGUAGCCCAGAAGGAGCAGGAGCUGAAGGAGGCCAGAGAUGAGCAUCAGGGUCAGCUAAGCAACCUGCAGGAGAAAAUCACACAACUGGUGAGUGAAAACCCAGAGAUAGCUUUGAGAUGUUGAUGAUUGGGAUAAAGUAGAUGAUUAGAUGUAAAGAGCAGAGGUUUGUUGUAAAACGGCCUACCUUUUUAUUUUCAGUAAUAGACGUUUUACUGUCUCUAACCCAAACACUGAAUUAAUCUACCACUGUCCCCCUCCCAAACAGCAAAUGAUUGAUUGUUAGUUACUGUGUCCCUCAUGUUAUGUUGUGUGUAGGAGAAGAGUUUGCAGCAGGGUGAGGCCCAGGCCAAGGAUCUGCAGACCUCCCGGCAGAAGGCCCUGUCUGAGGCCUCAGAGCACCAUGCCAAGCAGCUCCAGGAGCUGCAGGGUCAGGCUGUCAAGACCAAGCAGGAGCUGAGUGUCUCCAGGGAGAAGGCCCAGGAGCUGGAGAGGCUGGUGACCGAGCUGCAGCCUUACAAAGAGAAGGCCCAGGUGAGCACCCACCAUAUCAUUAUCAGGACCACCAUGUUUUAAGUUCUCAGGAGGUGCUGCCUUUUGGUACCAAAAUCUCACUGCUUUGCGUUAUGUUGCUUCAGGUUGACUGAAGUUUUAAGUGAGAACUUUUUUCAAGUAUAGUCCUUUCCACUUUCCAUAAGAGAUGUCAGUAGCACUUUAUUUUACAGUACAGAAAUUACCUGGUUAUUAUUGUGUAAUUACCAUUUUACUAUGUAGUUUCUAAGUAAAUAGCAGGUUAUUUCUGAACUGUAAAAUAAAGUGCUACCUGAAGUGGUCUAUGGUCAGGAUUGAUAUUCACUUGAUGGUAAUUAGACCACCUCACUUCUAAUGUUUGGGUAGUAAAGUAGGAAGGAAGGUAAGAGGUAGCUGAAGUACUUUCAUGAAAGGUUCACUGACUGUUGUGCCAUAAUUGUUCUAUCACAGUGACCUCAUUCUUUGAUGAUUUCAUUAAAACAAAUUGAAUCAUAAAAAAAACACUAAGCCUAAGAUUCAUGUUAGCAUUUUAUCCGCUCAUAUUAUUGCUUUUUGAUGAUAACUGUGUUUAUUCAAGCCCAUUGCACCAUGUAAUAUAUAAUAUGUGUUGUCAUAUAUGCACCAUCUUCAUUUCAGCAUUGACUGUGUGGCUAUGUGGUGGUGUGGUUUUAGGGCCUACUUUGAAAGCAGAGGCACACCUUAAAUAUAAUAUAUGAAGAAAAGAAAAAUGUUGAUGUUGACAUUUUAAGUCAUGCUUCAAUAAUCUUGAUUAACUUUAAUCCUGUUAGUGGUUUAAUUAGUGUCAAAUCACGAUGAGUAGCCGGUAUGUCAAGUGUAGGGCUUCAGUCUGUGCUCACCAUUUAUGGGUUGUUCCACGAAAUGAAUCCCUUUUUGUCAUGAAGAACGCAUCUUCAACUUAAUAAAAAACAUGUUUUCCCAUUUACUAUAAUAAGUGUAUUUUAAGUACCAAAUAAAGUAACUGGGUUGACCAUAACGGGGUUGACCGUAACGGGGUUGACGAUUUCAUCUUAAAUCAUCCAUAAAUCCCCUUGUGACCGGGGGAAUGGAAUCUUCUUGUGUGCAACAGGGAGGGGCAAUUGAAUGCAAGCUUCACAGUAUUAUUAUUUAUUCUAGCCUGUCUAUCUAUGGGUAACAGGGUUGACGUGUUAUGCUCGACCCACUCAGUUUUACACCACAAAACACCAGACAAUUGCCAAAAAGAGUAGGACCAGCUCACCUGCUUUUACGUUAUGAUUUUACUAUUAGAUAUUUCUUUAGAUUUAUUUAUUUUUUAAAGGAAAAGUUUCACGAUAUUAAAACCUGCGUAGCUCAGUUGGUAGAGAAUGGUGUUUGCAACGCCAGGGAUGUGGGUUCGAUUCCCACGGGGGGGCCAGUAUGAAAAUGUAUGCACUCACUUAACUGUAAGUCGCUCUGGAUAAGAGCGUCUGCUAAAUGACUUAAAUGUAAAAUGUAAAAUAAGAGUUCAGUUCACGUAACAGGGCUUUUAAAAUGCAAUAUUGGUGCACAAUUUCUACUUAAAAUAUCAAAGGGAUGCAAAAGGGACUCGUUUCGUGGCACGACCCUUAUAAGACAAUUAAAACAGGGUUAUCUACUUGUCCAAAUCUUCUCAAUGGAAAGUACACAAUUAUGCAGACACUCCUCCUCUCCUGGUACAGUGCACACUGAUUGAAAACCUGAAGCUAUCAUUAGAGCCCACUUAGAAGACACACAUACACAUGCAAUCAUAAGCACUCCAUUGGUGUACCUCCGUUUUCAAUGUUUUCUUGGUGUCAGCUUUGGUUUCUUUUUCUCCCAACUGUUUUUUUAUGCUUGCACCAGCUUAACUUUUCCAGUUGCAUUUUAUACCUUUUGUAAUAAAAUGCUUGACUUAUGCUUGACUUAUUUUGUUACUUUUCCCUUUAUAUGCCCCUUUUUUCUUUCAACUUUUUCCCCUCAGUUUCUUUCUGAUGAGCUCGACUCCUCCAAGCAGGAUGUUGAGCGAUUGUCCACAGACCUGGAGAAGCAAAUCUCAGUGCUGGAGCACAUGUCUAAGGAAAGCUCAGAUCUCAAAGCUCAGAAAGGAAGUCUCGAAAAUCAACUCUCCGAACUCCAGGCCAAGCUCUCAGCCUCGGAAGCUAGUCACCAUGAGCUCUCAGGUAAGACUGAAGAACUUCUGACACUGAGGGACAAGCUCACAAAAGAGCAGGAGGAACUUUGGACCACCAACCGGCAGCUGGAUGGAGAGAAGGCCUUGCUAUCAAGAGAGGUGGAGAAGCUCAGAGUUGCUGUUGAGGAGGCACAGGCCAAAAACAAAUCCCUCAAUCAAUCUGAAGCGGAGCGUCAGUCCCAAAUUGAGGAGCUUCAAAAGACAAAUGCGGAGAAGCAUGAGGUCCUUUUGAAGUACCAACAGGAGAUCCAGCAGCAGGAAACUAAGAGGAAGCAGCUAGCAGAGGUCUAUGAGAAGACCUGCAAGGAGAGGAACGAGCUCCAGGAGGAGCUCAAGCAAAGCAGGGAGAAGCUGACCUCUGAGAAGGAUAGCCUUUUGUUGGAGAGGGAUGCUAAGAAAUCCCUUGAUGCAAAGAAUGCGGAGUUGCAGGCACGGUGUCAGUCUUUAUGGUUGGAAAAAGAAGACCUCUAUCUGAAAAUCACUCUGCUGCAGGCACAGACAGAGACCUUGGGCAAAGAUAAAGUGGAGAUGUCUGCUCAAAUUAAUGCUGCCAUUUUUGACACAGAGACCCUCCAAGCCAUGAAUGCAGAGCUUCAAAAUCAGCUGAAUAUAUCUAAGAAGGAUCUUGAGAAGUCUGUCCGUGACAAGGUUGAGCUACAGGCUUCAAAAAUGAGCCUGGCCAAAAUGCUGGACAAGUUCAAGACCAGCAGUGAGGUUACCGACUCUGAGAGGCUUCACCUCCUGCAGGAGAAAGAGGACCUGCUUGCUACCCAGCGAAAGGUGUGUUCUGAGAAAGAUGAACUUCUCAAGGAGAGAGAAGAGUUAAAGGAGAAGCUCAGACUCUCUACAGGGGAAGUGGCUACCUCUAAUGAGAAAGUCAAAGAGCUGUUGUCAUCUUUUGGCAAGGAGAAGGAAGCACUUUGUCUCAAGAAUGCAGAGACCGAGAAGGCGCUACACUCCGUACGGAAAGAGAAGAUGGCUAUUGAAUCAACACUGGAAAAGCAGAACAUGGAGAGUGACCGUUUGGUACAUAAAAAGGAAGAGCUGGAUGAAAAGCACACUAAGGAGAUCUCUGAAAAGUGUACUCUAACAAAAGAGCGUGACAAGCUAGCAGGUGAGAUCCGCAGUAUGCAGGACCAGUUGGACAGCUCCUCUAAGGCCAAUGAUGACGUGAAUCAAGCCAAUUCCAACCUUACUUCCUUGCUGGAGGAAUCAAAACAGAAGAUAGACAAGGUGGAGGCUGAAGGAGCUUCCUUGAAAAAAGAAAAGGUUGAUCUACAGGCACAGCUUCAGAAGCUUUGCUCUGAGAAGGAGGCCCUUGAAAAAAGCAAAACUGAACUUGCAGAGGAGCAUCAUAAACUAAAAGGUAACUCUGAGCAGAUGCGUUUGGAACUCAUUCAGCAGAAGGAAACCCUAACAAAAAAGCGGGAUCUCCUGCUUUCCCAGCAGACGGAGCUUAACAAGAGCCUGCAGAAGGACAAAGAGGUUCUGCUUCUGCAGGUCCAGGAGUUCAAAGGUCACACAGAAUCACUUUCAAAGGCAAAAAUGCUCCUUGAAUCGCAGCAGCAGACUGAAGCCAGUGACCGAAGUAAACUGUACUCUGCAAAGGAUGACCUCUCCAGAGAGAUAGAGGACUUACAGACACGGUUGUUCACUCUGACACAGGAGAAGAUUACCCUCCUGCAGUCUGAAUCCAGCCUGAAGGCAGAUGUUGCCUCUGUUUGUGUUGAAAGAGACACAAUGGCCUCUGAGCGAAAUAGUUUGCGUAGUGAUUUAGGGCAACUUAAGACGACCCACACUGGAUUGUUAGGUGAGAGACAGGGUCUGCUUGAGGAGAAUGCCCAGAUGCAAGUCAAAGUUCAAGACCUCACUCAGCAAUCUGUCACCAGAGAGAAGGCCAUGGAUGAGUUGUCUGCCAACCUUAAGGAUAUUGGAGAGGAGAGAAAAGCCUUGGCUGGGGAGGUUGAGAAUUUAAAGGCACAGCUGAAGGAGAGAGACCAGGAAAAGUGUGGCUUGGAUGGAGACCGAAAGCGCCUGUCUGCCAAGCUGGAGGAGCUUGUCAAAGAGGUCUCCUCCCUGGCGAAGGAUAAGGUAGACCUCCUAGCUAUACAGUCCAGGCUGGAGCAAGACCUUUCCUCCCUCCACAGCAGCCAAGAGAGUGGUGAUGAGGAACGCUCAAGGCUCAUGGAGGAGGUAGAGAAGCUGCAAGUUGCCCAGACACAGCUUGAAGCAGAUGCCCAGGCCCUACAUGCUGAGAAGGCAGUGAUGGAGGGACAGCACAAAGCCUCUGUGGAGGAGGCAUCUGUGUCUACCAAGGUCAGAGAAGAAAUGGCCACCAACCUGGAAGACCUGAAGGUCCAGAAGGAUGCCUUGCUCAAGGAGAGGGACAAAGCCACCCAGCAGGUCACCCAGCUUGAGGCUCAACUAAAAAAUGCUCUUUCCAAGCAGCUUGAGGUACUCCACUACUAACAAACCCUGUAACUAACCCUCACGUUGAGAUGGCUGUGGUCAUGUUUCAACCUCACUGCAUGCUACUCCAGUCUUAAUUUUAUCUUAAUAUUUGCUUAAUCUCCUUUUACUAACGGCUCUCUUGCUUCGAGUCCACUGCGAAAAGUUGAUUUAUGAAAUGUAAAUUCCUUUGGGCUUAGAACGUGAUUUGAGAAGUUCCUUGGUGGGGGCAGAUGGUUACAUCUCCGCUCCCUUAGAAUUUGGUUUGAAAAGAGAAAUGUCCACAACCAUGAUACCAACUAAUUGAUAUUUUAAACAAUAUGUUAGGGCCAAAGUACAUUAGUGCAAGUAUCUGUUCUCAGGCCACAGAAUGUAAUCAGUACAUUUUUCUCUACUCUCCUAAUUUUAGUUAAUAGCUAAUAGCCUUUAGGUCCUACACCAACACUGUAGUCAAAGCUAGUUACCUGAUUGUAGUAGUAGAUGUGGGCAUUGCAAUGAUUCCUGAGGAUGACAUCAAUUGCAUAGUAAUGGCAUAGGAGAAACAAUCAUCUUAACCCACUAGAGCUUCAAAAUCAAGUUUGGAAUGAUUUGGAUGACUGACAUGCAAAGCAUGCCAAUUCAUUCUGCACAAUAUGAGAAAAUGGAAAUGGUGAUCUAUUGGUUAGUUAGAGUUGAUUUGGGCUGUGUAAAAUAAGGCUCCAUCAAAUUAUGAUAUCUCGGGACAUAGUGGUUCACCUCAACCAACCCCUAUCCAAGUAAGUUACAGGUAUUUCAUGAUAUAUGUCUGGUUGACAUGCCCCCCUCUCCCUCACUACCUAGGCAGCAGAGUCCUCAAGGAAGACUGCUGAGGUCGUGGAGCGGCUGACACAAGAGAAGGGCCGUCUGCAGAAAGAGAAGAGUGAGUCCCAGUCUCUGCUGGAGGAGGUCAGGAGUGCCAAGCUUGAGAUGACCAGUCAGGUAUAUGGAGUAUGUAAUGCCUCAGAUGGGGUGUACUAAAGUGGUUGAGCAUCAUGGGUUUCCAGUAAAGUAUGGAGAUUGUUGAAAUUGUAUGGGGGAGGAACAAUGGGUUUGUCACUGUCAUAUAGGGCUCUCACUAAGGACAGUGGAAGGGGCUCCUUUGGGUUAACGUUCAAUCAAAUAAACCAAAUGAGCUGAAUGAUCCUAUUUGAACAACUGAACAAGUUUGAAAGUUCAGUAAAAAGAGAUGAACUUUCCAGAGACCUCUGGGUGUUGCAUGUAAACUUACCAGAAGUUUGGUUUCGGGGUGUAAUGGUUGCAAAACACUUUCAUAAGUUAGUAUUCACAGCAUGAUACAGUGAUACAUGUAAACAGAAUUUUAGCCACAGAUGCUGGCAUGCUCACACUUACCAAGAUCACAUGGCCAUUCCUCCAGCCAAUUCCACAUUAAACAGGAUUUUUCAGCCCCACAAAUCUUGCUUUGUUUUCAUUUGAUAAUUUUAACUUUUAUUUUUUUAUUCAUUUCAUCGCCCAACAUAAUAUAAGAAAUUGCAUCAGUCCUUUAUGUACUCUCAAUACUCAUACCGGCACAAGUUCACUAGGGACUGAAAGCUAGACUGAGAAAAAUGUGCACAACUUUCACUGAAAUCAUACAUUGAUAUACAUGCAAGAUGGGUCCACUUUUUUUUGCAAGUUAGGAUUCAAACAAUCUGUAUUAUAUACAUUAAAAGUGAUCUAUGUUUUUUGUUUGUUAUUGCACAGCUGGAUGCCUUGAAGCAACAGAAUUCCAAAUACAAAGAGGAUCUCAACCUUUCUAAGGAGCAGCUCAGCUCAGAGAACCAGAAAAUCAGCAGCCUGUGCCAGGAGAUGUGAGUAUACUGUGUGUGCGUGCCUACAGUGCCUUCAGAAAGGAUUCAUACCCCUUGACAUUCCACAUUUUGUUGUGUUACAGCCUGUAUUCAAAAUAUAUUACAUUGAUUAACAAACAAUACCCCAUAAUGACAGUGAAAACAUAUAUUUUUUGAAAAUUUUGCAAAUUUAUUGAAAAUGAAAUAUAAUAAUAAGAAUAAUAUGCCAUUUAGCAGACGCUUUUAUCCAAAGCGACUUACAGUCAUGCGUGCAUACAUUUUUACGUAUGGGUGGUCCCGGGGAUCGAACCCACUACCUUGGCGUUACAAGGGCCGUGCUCUACCAGCUGUGCUACAGAGGACCACCCAUACGUAAAAAAAGGACCACCCAUACGUAAAAAAAUAUAUAGCAUUUACAUACAUAUUCACAGCCCUGAGUCAAUAAUUUGUAGAAGCACCUUUGGAUUUGGGGAUUUUCUCCCAUUCUUCCUUGCAGUUUCUCAAGCUCUGUUAAAUUAGAUGGGGAGCGGCGGUGAACAGCAAUCUUCAAGUCUUUUCACAGAUUUUCAGUGGGAUUCAAGUCUGGGGUUUGGCUGGGCCACCCAAAGGCUUUCACAUUCUUGUUCUGAAGCCAUUGUAGCAAUGCUUUGGCACUAUGCUUGGGGUCAUUGUCCUGUUGGAAUGUAAAUCUUCGCCCCCAGUCUGAGGUCAUUUGCACUCUGAAGCAGGUUCUCAUCAAGGAUUUGCCUGUAUUUCAAUUUUCAAGUUUUAAUGUCACAUGCACAAGUACAGUGAAAUGCCUUUCUUGCAAACUUAAAAUCUAACAAUGCAAUAAUCCAUAACAAUGUAAUACUAGAAAAAAACACACACAAGAAAUAAGAAAUAUGAAGAACACUAAGUAAGUAAGCAUACUAUAUACAGGGUCAGUUCCAAUACCAUAUUUACAAUGUGCAGGGAUACUGGAGUGAUGGAGGUAGAUAUGUAUAGGGGUUAGGUGACUAGGCAACAGGAUAUAAGAUUAACAGUGUAGUGUAGCAGCAGCUUGUAUGUGAGUGGGUGUGUGGGUGUGUGUGUGUGUGUGUGUGUGUGUGUGUAGUCUCCCGAGUGGCGCAGUGGUCUAAGGCACUGCAUCGCAGUGCAAGCUGUGCCACUAGAGAUCCUGGUUCGAAUCCAGGCUCUGUCGUAGCCGGCCGCGACCGGGAGACCCAUGGGGCGGCGCACAAUUGGCCCAGCGUCGUCUAGGGUAGGGGAGGGAAUGGCCGGCAGGUGAUGUAGCUCAGUUGGUAGAGCAUGGCAUUUGCAACGCCAGGGUUGUGGGUUCGAUUCCCACGGGGGGGUAUGAAAAAAUAUAUAUAUAUGAAAAAAAAACACACAAAAAAAGUUACAUUAAUGUAUGCACUCACUAACUGUAAGUCGCUCUGGAUAAGAGCGUCUGCUAAAUGACGUAAAUGUAGAGUCAGUAUAAAUGUAUGUGCGAGGGAGCAGAUGGAGUGAUUGUGAGUGUGUAGGGCCCUGUGAGUGUGCAUAGAGACAAUGCAAAGCUAAAAAUAAAAGGUCAAUAAAGAUACAGUCCUUGUAGCUAUUUUGUUAGCUAUUUAUUAGCCUUAUUGCUUGGGGAUAGAAGCUGUUCAAGAGCCUGUUGGUGCCAGACUUGAUGCACUGGUACCGCUUGCCGUGCGGAAGCAGAGAGAAUAGUCUAUGGCUUGGGUGGUUGGAGUCUUUAACGAUUUUCCGGGACUUCCUACCACACCGCCUGAUAUAGAUUUUUAAAAAUUUUUACCUUUAUUUAACUAGGCAAGUCAGUUAAGAACAAAUUAUUAUUUACAAUGACGGCCUACACCGGCCAAACCCGGACGAUGCUGGGCCAAUUGUGCGCCGCCCUAUGGGACUCCCAAUCACGGCCGGUUGUGAUAUAGCCUGGAAUCGAACCAGGGGGUCUGUAGUGACGCCUCAAGCACUGAGAUGCAGUGCCUUAAACCACUGCGCCACUCGGGAGCCCAUAGAUGUCCUGGAUGGCAGGGAGCUUGGCCCCAGUGAUGUACUGGGCUGUCUGCACCACCCUCUGUAGCGCCAUGCAAUCGAGGGCUGUGCUAUUGCCAUAUCAGGCAGUGAUGCAGCCAGUAAAAAUGCUCUCAAUGGUACAGCUGUAUAAAUUUUUGAAGAUUGGAGUGCCCAUGACAAACUUUUUCUACCUCCUGUCGUGCCUUCUUAACGACUGUGCGGGUGUGUUUGGACCAUUCAUUGUUUCCUCUAUCCUUACUAGUAUCCCAGUCCCUGUCACUGAAAAGCAUCCACAUUGCAUGAUGCUGCCACCACCAUGCUUCACGGUAGGGAUGGUGUUAGACGGGUGAUGAGCUGUGCCUGGUGUUCUCCAGACAUAACGCUUUGCAUUCAGGGCAAUGAGUUACAUUUUUGUAUUUGUAUUUAUUAUGGAUCCCCAUUAGCUGCUGCAAAGGCAGCAGCUACUCUUCCUGGGGUCCAGCAACAUAAGACAGUUACAUACAGUUUCAAAUACUACAUGACAUUUCAUAACACCUUACCCAACACAUUCAGUGUGUUCCCUCAGGCCGCCACUCCACCACCACAUAUUUACAAUACAACAUCCAUGUGCACGUGUGUGUAGAGUUCGUGUCUUAUGUGUGUCUGUGCCUGUGUGUGUCUCUUCACAGUCCUGGCUGUUCCAUAAGGUGUAUUUUUAUCUGUUUUUUAAAAUCUGAUUUUACUGCAUGUAUCAGUCACCUGAUGUGGAAUAGAGUUCCGUGUAGCCAUGGCUCUAUGUAGUACUGUGCGCUUCCCAAAGUCUGUACUUGACUUGGGGAUUGUGAAGAGACCCUUGGUGGCAUGUCUUGUGGGGGUAUGCAUGGGUGUCCAAGCUGUGUGCUAGUAGUUUAAACAGACACCUCGGUGCAUUCAGCAUGUCAACACUUCUUACAAAACAAGUAAUGAUGAAGUCAAUCUCUCCUCCACUUUGAGCCAUGAGAGAUUUACAUGCAUAUUAUUAAUGUUUGCUCUCCGUGUACAUUUAAGGGCCAGCCAUACUGCCCUGUUCAAUUGAAUUUACCACAGGUGGACUCCAAGUUGUAGAAACAUCUCAAGGAUGAUCAAUGGAAACAGGAUGCACCUGAGCUCAAUUUUGAGUGUCAUAGCAAAGGGUCUGAAUACUUUAUUUCUGUUUUUAAAUAUGAAAACAUUUCACACAACCUGUUUUCGCUUUGUUAUUAUGGAGUAUUGUGUGUAGAUUGAUGAGGGAAAAAAACAAUGUAAUACAUUUAGGAUAAGGCUGUAACGUAACAAAAUGUGGAAAAGGUGAAGGGGUCUGAAUAUUUUCUGAAUGCACUGUAUGUGUGAAGACCAUCACAACAUCCCAGAUUAUUUUCUUCCCAGCCCUACCUUCCACUUGUCAUCAAUGGAAUAUCCCUGUUUAGUAUUUUCUCAAUGUGGUUAGUCAGAUGGGCCUUGAUAGUCAGCUGGGUAUCUAUCCGGCAGGUCCUGGCUGAGUGCCAACAUCCGACAGCGGGGUGUGGGGGUUGGAGCAGAUGGGGAUCCUAUUGCAGUAACUGACCCUGGACACAGGGAGCAGUUAAAUGCAGUCGAUCCCUAUGGCUCUUGAUUUGUUAUUAAACUCUUUCAAGAUAAGAUAAAUAUUGAACCUGUCUUUAUUUUUUAAAUUUUUUUCUGAACAGAUUUACUUAAAAGAAAUGCGAACUUGCUUUCUUUACUCCAUGCUUGUACUUGUCCUUGCUCUGACAUUCUUAUUCCGGGUGAAAAUACAUUACACACACGCUGGGUAUUAGUUAUAACUCAUUGCUCUCAACAGUCUUCAAACUUUCAAUAUUCAGACAUUGAAGUGUCAGACAUUCUGUCUUCAUACCCAACCUCAAGGCCCAAAUAUCUGAGAUAAGAAUUUUAACUGAAUUAUGGCACUUCACACAAGGUUCAUAAACAUUUAGUCACUUCAUCACUAUUCACUACUGUGUAUAUCAUAUCUUAUGGUGUGAUUCAUUUGGUUAACAACUCUAUACAAACACCUUGUAGUGUUGCUGCUGACUUCCACUAAAAUUAUUAUAUUUAAUGGUAACAUUUUAGGUGUCAACGUUCAUGCCUUAAAUUAAUUCUCUACUUAAAUUAUUUGCCAUGAAUAAUGAUGCAAAGAUGACAUGCCAAUCCUAGCAGUUGUAGAAACAUUUAUUUAUUCAAACCUUUCCUUGUACCUAUUUCCCUCUUUCACGCCCGUAUCAGAUGUCUGUGUAUUCUUGUACUAAUUUCCCUCUUUCACGCCCGUAUCAGAUGUCUGUGUAUUCUUGUACUCAUGUAGCUAUGUGUUUAUAAUAAUGUGUGUGUUUAGUGAUGAGCUGAAGCAAGCUGCCUCUGUGAUGUCCCAGUCCCUGGUGGCCUUACAGGAGGAGAACAACAAGCUGACCAAGGAGCUUGGCAGCAGCAAGAAGGAGAUCAGUGGCCAGCAGAAGGUACCACCACUGGACUACUGAUGUGUUACCUCCUCCCUCAAACUGCUUCUACCAUUUUAAGAAAGUAAAAUUUACAUUAACUUAAUACACCUGUCCAACCAAGCAAUGUUUUUUCUUCUUUUUUUAGCUGGAAGCUCAGCAGUCCAAGCUCAAUAAACAGUUGCAAGAAAUGAAGCAGAGGUGAGAAACUGUAUAGAAACAUGGUGUAUGUAGCUAGCCUUGUCUAAUGCUGUUUUCAUUUCCAUCCAAAUCAAGUGUUCAAAAAUUAUUGUUUGACAUUUCUAGUCAGGCGGCAAUGGACACUCCCAAAAGUUCUGCAAUUAAGCAUGGAUGCUUGCAUCACUUUUCCAUUCAUCAACGUGGCAUGUCAUGUUUGUGCUCUGUCUACAUGCUCUGUCUGCUAACAUCCUCUUCUUUUGCCUUUCAAAGCUUUCCCAAUAAUAUAGUGCCUUCAGAAAACAUUCACACCCCUUGACUUUUUCCACAUUUUCUUGUUACAGCCUGAAUUUAAAAUUGAUUAAAUUGAGAUUUUUUUGUCACUGGCCUACACACAAUAUCCCACAAUGUCAAAGGGGAAUAAUGUUUUUACACAUUAAUUAAAAAUGAAAAGCUGAAAUGUCUUGGGUCAAUAAGUAUUAUUCAACCCCUUUCUUAUGGCAAGCCUAAAUACAUUCAGUAAAAAUGUGCUUAAGUUGCAUGGACUCACUCUUGUGUGCAAUAAUAGUGGUUAACAUGAUUUUGGAAAGUCUACCUCAUCGCUGUACCCCACGCAUACAAUUAUCUGUAAGAUCCCUCUGUCAAGCAGUGAAUUUCAAACAAAAGAUUCAACAACUAAGACCAGGGAGGUAUUCCAAUGCCUUGCAAAGAAGGGCACAUAUUGGUGGAUGGGUAAAACAAAUUAAAGCAGACAUUGAAUAUCCCUUUGAGCAUGGUAAAGUUAUUAAUUACACUUUGGAUGGUGUAUCAAUACACCCAGUCACUACAAAGAUACAGGCGUACUUCCUAACUCAGUUGCCGGAGAGGAAGGAAACCGCUCAGGGAUUUCACCAUGAGGCCAAUGGUGACUUUAAAACAGAAGGAAGCCUGUACAUAAAAAUAAACAUUCCAAAACAUGCAUCCUGUUUGCAACAAGGCACUAAAGUAAUACUGCAAAACAUUUGUCAAAGCAAGUAACUUUUUGUCCUGAAUACAACGUUUUUGAUGUUUGUGGCAAAUCUAAUACAAAACAUUACUGAGUACCACUCUCCAUAUUUUCAUAGUGGUUGCUGCAUCAUGUAAUUGCUAAGGACUGAAAAUUUUCAGAAUAAAAAAAGGAACGGAAUGGAGCGAAGCAUAAAUCUUAGAGGAAAACCUGGUUGUCUGCUUUCCACCAGACACUGGGAGAUUAAUUCACCUUUCAGCAGGACAAUAACCUUAAACACAAGACCAAAUCUACACUGGAUUUGCUUACCAAGAAGACAGUGAAUGUUCCUGCGAGGCUGAGUUAGUGUUGACUUAAAUCUGCUUGAAAAUCUAUGGCAAGACCUGAAAAUGGUUGUCUAGCAAUGAUCAACAACCAAUUUGACAGAGGUUGAAGAAUUUUGAAAAUAAUAAUGGGCAAAUGUUGCACAAUCCAGAUGUGGAAAGCUAUUAGAGACUUACCCAGAAAUACUCACAGCUGUAAUCUCACCCAAAGGUGAUUCAGGGGGUUGAAUACUUAUCUAAUUAAGAUAUUAGUGUAUUCUUUUAAAUAUAUAUAUAUUUUUUACAAAUGUUAGAAUUUUUCUUCCACUUUGACAUUAGUAUUUUGUGUAGAUCGUUGACAAAAAAUGACAAAUCUAUUUUAAUCCCACUUUGUAAGACAACAAAAUGUGGAAAAAGUCAAGGGGUGUGAAUACUUUAUAAAGGCACUGUACCUUCAGGUACUUCAAUUCCUUAAUUGUUACAUUACUGUGCGUGUCAUACUGUUACCUUAGGGAGGUUAGAGGAACUCAAUGCUAUUCAAUGAGUAAUCCCUCUAAUUCACUUGCUUUUUGUCAUCUCGAUAUAUUUACAGUGCCUUCAAAGUAUUUAUACCCCUUGACUUAUUCAACAUUUUGUUGUUCGAGCCUGAAUUCAAAAUGGAUUAAAUAGAUUUUUUUUCACAAGUGAAAACAUGUUUUUUAUUUUUUAUUUUGGAAAUGUAUUGAAAAUGAAGUAUAUAAUUUACAUAAGUAUUCACACCCCUGAGUCAAUACUUUGUAGAAGCAACUUAGGCGGCGAUUACAGCUUUGAGUUGUCUUGGGUAUGUCUGUAUCAGCUUUGCAAAUUUUCUCAGGGUCUGUUAAAUUAGAUGGGGAGCGGCGGUGAACAGCAAUAUUAAAGUAUUUCCACAGAUUUUCAAUGGGAUUCAUGUCUGAGCUCUGGCUGGGCCACUCAAGGACUUUCACAUUCUUGUUCUGAAGCCAUUCCAGCAUUGCAUUGGCUGUAUGCGUGGGGUCAUUGUCCUGUUGGAAUGUAAAUCUUCGCCCCAGUCUGGUCGUUUUCACUCUGAAGCAGGUUCUCAUCCAGGAUUUGCCUGUAUAUGGCUCCGUUCAUUGUUCCCUCUAUCCUUACCAGUCUCCCAGUCCAUGUCGCUGAAAAGCAUCCCCAUAGCAUGAUACUGCCACCACCAGUGUGGCUUCCGUCUGGCCACUCUCCCAUAAAGCCCAGAUCGGUGAAGUGCUGUAGACUGUUGUCCUUAUGGCAGGUUUUUCCAUCUCAGCCAAGGAACUCUGUAGUUCUGUCAGAGUGGUCAUUGGGUUCUUGGUCACCACCCUGACCAAGUUCCUUCUUGCCCUGUUGCUCAGUUUGGUCAGACGGCCAGCACUAUGCAGAGUCUGGGUAGUUACAUAUUUGGAGACCACUGGAGACCACUGUGCUCUUGGAAACCCUUCCCCAGAUAUACAGUGCAUUCGGAAAGUAUUCAGACCCCUUGACUUUUUCCACAUUUUGUUACGCUAAAGCCUUAUUCUAAAAUUGUUUAAAUUGUUUUUUCCCCCUCAUCAAUCUACAAACAAUACCCCAUAAUUACAAAGCAAAAACAGGUUUUUAGAAAUGUUUGCUAAUUUAUAAAAAUAAAUAUGUAUAUAAUUAUUCAGACCCUUUACUCAGGACUUUGUUGAAUCACCUUUGUCAGCGAUUUACAGCCUCGGGUCUUAUUGGGUAUGAUGCUACAAGCUUGGCACACCUGUAUUUGGGGAGUUUCUUCAAUUCUUCUCUGCAGAUACUCUCAAGCUCUGUCAGGUUGGAUGGGGAGCGUCGCGUUGUUGAUGUGAAUAGGGGCGUGUUCGGCCCUCCUCUUUCUGUAGUCCACGGUUAUCUCCCAUACUGGGCACUAUGGUAUUGAACGCUGAGCUGUAGUCAAUGAACAGCAUUCUCACAUAGGUGUUCCUUUUGUCCAGGUGGGAAAGGGCAGUGUGGAGUGCGAUUGAGAUUGCAUCAUUGGUGGAUCUGUUGGGGCGGUAUGCGAAUUGGAGUGGAUCUAGGGUUUCCCGGGAUGAUGGUGUUGAUGUGAGCAAUGACCAGCCUUUCAAAGCACUUCAUGGCUACCGCGUGAAUGCUACGGGGCGGUAGUCAUUUAGGCAGGUUACCUUCGCUUUCUUGGGCACAGGGUGGUCUGCUUGAAACAUGUAGGUAUUACAGACUCGGUCAGGGAGAGGUUUGUGCAUGCUCUGAGUACACGUCCUGGUAAUCCAUCUGACCCUGCGGCCUUGUGAAUGUUGACCUGUUAAAAGGUCUUGCUCAUAACGGCUACGGCGAGCGUGAUCCCACAGUCGUCCGGAACAGCUGGUGCUCUCAUGCAUGCUUCAGUGUUGUUUGCCUCGAAGCGAGCAUAAAAGGCAUUUAGCCCGUCUGGUAGGCUUGCGUCAUUGGGCAGCUCGCAGCUGGGUUUCCCUUUGUAAUCCGUAAUAGCUUGCAAGCCCUGCCACAUCCAACGAGCGUCAGAGCCGGUGUAGUAGGAUUCAAUCUUAGUCCUGUAUUGACGCUUUGCCUGUUUGAUGGUUCGUCUGAGGGUAUAGCGGGAUUUCUUAUAAGCGUCCGGAUUAGUGUCCCGCUCCUUGAAAGCGGUAGCUCUACCCUUUAGCUCUGUGCGGAUGUAGCCUGUAAUCCAUGGCUUCUGGUUGGGAUAUGUACGUACAGUCACUGUGGGGACAACGUCGUCAAUGUACUUAUUGAUGAAGCCGGUGACUGAGGUGGUAUACUCCUCAAUGCCAUUGGGUGAAUCCCGGAACAUAUUCCAGUCUGUGCUAGCAAAACAGUCCUGUAGCGUAGCAUCCGUUCAGCUGACCACUUCCGUAUUGAGCGAGUCACUGGUACUUCCUGCUUUAGUUUUUGCUUGUAAGCAGGAAUCAGGAGGAUAGAAUUGUAAGCAGGAAUUUACACCACUUACAUCACUGACAUUGGAUCUCUCUGUGUUCAUAAACUAAGGGCGUCACGUCUGUCCAAUACAAAGCCUGUUUUAUCCCAUUGUGCUCCAAACCGUCGAGUGGAGUCUCUUACACUUUCAUAUUAUCAUUGCUAUGGGCUUAUGUCUUUGUGUUUAUUUUUUUUUCCAUCUUCAAUUUCUAUUCCAUUGUUGGCCUUUCAGAAAACUUUUCACCUUUUUAUUCCAUGCAUCUGAAUUAAAGUUUCACCUGAUCAAUUCUAUGUAUAUAUAAAGAUGGAGUUUAAAGCAGCAACAUUUUGGUGUUCCAGACCAAAUUCACAAAGAAAUGUGAGUUAUAGAUCUGUCAUUCUCAUUGAAAGCAAGUCUAAGAAGCGGUAGAUCUGUUCUAUGUGCGCUAUUUCUAUGCUUCCCCUUAAGUUUGGUUUUUGCAUCUUUUAUUUUGGGUUUUGUUCAUCCGCUUCAAACAGCUGAGAAUACAAUAUUGUUGGUUAUAGAAAAUAUAUUUCACAGUGGUUUAGAUGGUACAAUGAUUCUCUACACUAGACUUGCUUGUUUUGUUCCAUAAACUGAAAUUAGGCAAACUAUUAGAAUUUUAUCAACCAGGAAAUGGUGGAGCGAUUUCUGCAUUGUGCACCUUUAACCGAACUUAAGCAACCAGUUGGCUGCUGGUGGUACUCCAGUAGACAUUAGAGUUAACACAGAUUAUGCAUGAUCAAUGCUUCACUAGUCCCUUUUGGAGUGGUUCAACUCUUAUGACUAUGUAUCAUAAUUCUGUGUUGCCCUUGACAGAGAGACCACCUUGAAGAAACAGUUAGAUGAGGAGAAAGCCUCCCUCCAGAAGUCCAUCCAUAAAAGCAGUGCCUUGAUCUCUGAGAAGGAUCAGGAGCUGGAGGCACUGAUGAGUGAGGUAAGAAUUGGUGCUCUUCCCUAUUUCUAGACAUUUUAAUUCCCUACCUCAUGGCAGGCUCCCUGGCACUCAUUCUAAGCCAAAAAGCAUUGGAGUAGUCUUAUUAGAACUUGAGUUUAUUUUCAGGAGAUUGUUUUUAAGCAUUUGUAUACUACACUGAACAAAAAUAUAAACACAACAUGUAAAGUGUUGGUCCCAUGUUUCAUGAGCAGAAAUAAAAGAUCCCUGAAAUGUUCCAUACGCACAAAAAACGUAUUUCUCUCACAUUUUGUGCACCAAUUUGUUUACAUCCCUGUUAGUGAGCAUUUCUCCUUUGCCACGAUAAUCCAGCCACCUGACAGGUGUGGUAUAUCAAGAAGCCGAUUAAACAGCAUGAUCAUGGCAUCCCGAGUGGCGCAGCGGUCUAAGGCACUGCAUCACAGUUUUGCGGCGUCACUACAGCCUGGGGUUCGAUCCCAUCCCAUUACCGGCCGUGACCAAGAGUCCCAUAGGGCGACGCUCAGGGUUAGGGGAGGGUUUUGCCAGGGGGCUUUAUUUGGAUCAUCGCGCUCUAGCGACUCCUUGUGGUAGGCCAGGCGCCUGCAGGCUGACUACGUUCGUCAGUUGAAAGGUGUUUCCUCCAACACAUUGGUGCAGCUGGCUUCCGGGUUAAGCGAGCGGGUGUAAAGAAGCGUGAUUUGGCGGGUCAUGUUUCGGAGGACGCAUGACUCCACCUUCGCCUCUCCCGAGCCUGUUGGGGAGUUUCAGUGAUGAGACAAGAUCGUAAUCACGAAAUUGAGGCGAGGAAGGCGGCACAAACAAAACAAACAAAAAAAACAUAAACAGCAUGAUCAUUACACAGGUGCACCUUGUGCUGGGGACAAUAAAAGGCACUCUAAAAUGGGCAGUUUUGUCACACAACACAAUGCCACAGAUGUCUCAAGUUUUGAGGCAGUGUGCAAUUGCAAACUGACUACAGGAAUGUUCACCAGAGCUGUUGCCAGGGAAUUGAAUAUUCAUUUCUCUACCAAUGCCGCCUCCAACGUCGUUUUAGAGAAUUUGGCAGUACAUCCAACCGGCCUCACAACUGCAGACCACGUGUAACCACGCCAGCCCAGGACCUCCACAUCCGGCUUCUUCACCUGCGGGAUCAUCUGAGACCAGCCAUCCGGACAGCUGAUGAAACUGUGGGUUUGCACAACCAAAGAAUUUCGGCGCAAACUGUCAGAAACAGUCUCAGGGAAGCCCAUCUGCGUGGUCGUCGUCCUCACCAGGGACUUGACCUGACUGCAGUUCUGCAGUGGAAUGCAGAGUUUUGUUUUCGCCAGGCAUUACUGGAACCAUGUCGUCCAAAAAGUUAUACUUUUGAAUCAUCUGUCCAUAGAACGUUCUUCCAAGAGUCUUGAUGAUCAUCCAGGUGCUUUUUGGCAAACAUGAGUCAACUUUUUGGACGAGAUGGGUCCCAUUAUGCCUGGCAAAAACAAAACUCUGCAUUCCACAGUAAGAACAUCAUACCAAAGGUCAAGCAUGGUGGUGGUGGUGGUGUGAUGGUUUGGGGAUGCUUUGCUGCCUCAGGACCUGGAUGACUUGCCUUAAUAGAAGGAACCAUGAAUUCUGCUCUGUAUCAGAGAAUUCUACAGGAGAAUGUCAGACCAUCCGUCUGAGCUGAAGCUGAAGCUAAGCUGGGUCAUGCAGCAAGACAAUGAUCCAAAACACACAAUCAAGUCUACAUGAAAAUUGCAGAAAAGCAACAAAUUGGAAGUUUUGGAAUGGCCUAGUCAAAGUCCAGACCUAAUCCCAAUUGAGAUGUUGUGGCAGGACUUGAAACGAGCAGUUCAUGCUUGAAAACCCACACGUCACUGAGUUAAAGCAGUUCUGCAUGGAAGAGUGGGCCAAAAUUCCUCCACAGCGACGUGAGAGACUGAUCAACAACUACAGGAAGCAUUUGGUUGGAGUCAUUGCAGCUAAAGGUGGCACAACCAGUUAUUGAGUGUAAGGGGGCAAUUACUUUUUCACACAGGGGAAUUGGGUGUUGCAUAACUUUGUUUAUGAAAUAAAUGAAAUAAAUAUGUAAUUGUUGUGUUAUUUGUUCACUUAUGUUCCCUUUAUCUAAUAUUAGGUUUUGGUUGAAGAUCUGAUAACAUUCAGUAUCACAAAUAUGCAAAAGUAGAGAAAAUUAGAAAGGGGGCAAAUACUUUUUCAUAGCACUGUAUCUGUAUUCCCAGUCAUGUGAAAUCCAUAGAUUAGGGCCUAAUGAAUGUAUGUAUAUUGUUUGAUUUCCUUAUAUGAACUGUAACUCAGUAAAAUCUUUGAAAAUGUUGCGUUUAAUAUUUUAAUAUUUAAUAUCAUUGUCUAAUGUGUAUAUAUAUAUUGUUAUUUCCCCCUCUGAGCAGUUAUCAGUGCUGCGUGGGGAGAGCGCCACAGCGAAGGCACUGAAUUCUGCUGUCCAGUCACUGGAGAAGGACAAGGCACGGCUGCAGGAGAACGUUCAGAGCCUGGAGAAGAGCCUUUCAGGAGGACAGGACACUGUUACCCGCUCCUCAGGUAUGACUGGGUAGUUAAAGCUUAACUCAUGUCUACAGAUUGAACUCCACUGUCACUGAAUGCUUAAUAUGCAUGUUUUCCCUUCAGGUGAUGCAGCUCUGGACCAACUAGGGGAGGACAAGGAGACUGCAGAAAGCCAGGUAUACUUUUACUAUGGACCAAUUUAGAAAAAUGAGUGAAUAAGAGACAGCUUGGGUAUGCCAUUCAAUGGGUUAUUUAUUGAUAUGUACAGUGUUGCAUUGUGUGUUUGGCCAGAUUGUGUAAGAAGUACCUAACCUAAGUCGUACUUCUGCAUUAAUUUAAGAUAUGUUUCCAUACUAUUGCCAUAUGACAUGCUGUGGUUGCUUAGCAUACUAUGACAAUGGCAACUUUCAUGCUAGCAGUGGUAUGGAAAUUCCCUCUAAAUGAAUGCUCAUAAAAUGGUAAUGAGAGCUCUGCUAAACCUCUGCUGAAACUGAUGCCCAUGUCUGCCAAGUCCAUGGCUGGCAGUGUAGACAGAAUUUAUUUCAACUUACUGGAGAACCUCUGACAAUUGAUUUAUGAAGCUGUUUUAUCACAGGUGUGCUGAGAUACCUCAAACAACUUUAACCAAAAACAAUCAAGAUCUGUCUGUAUCCCUUAACUUACUGUCACAGGCUUUAAAAUGGGUUCGUCAGAGGUUCUACAGUGAUGAAGCUGUAAUGCUUGCCUACCCACUAUUUUCUCUUAGGUUGUUUUAGUAUUUUUUCAUCUGUCAGUGAUGACUUGAAUCUAUUGUCUGCCAUUAGGUGGGUCCUAAUUUUGAUCUGUUUUGUCUCCUCCCUCUCCACUUCCUCAUUUACCUCCUCCUCCUCUGUCACUGAUGUUGGCCAUGCUACCCGGAAAUCAGGCAGCGGUUUGUUACUGUUUUUCAUCAGCUCCACUCAUGCAUGUCUAUUUGACUGUAGAUUUCUCUUCGGUUCCUGUUUUAACAGGUGACAUCAAUAAGGGAUCAUAGCUUUCACCUGGAUUCACCUGGUCAGUCUAUGUCAUGGAAAGAGCAGGUGUUCCUAAUGUUUGUACACUCCAGUGUAUAUUAUGACGGCAAGGGUUUUUUCAGCUGUUCGUGCACACUAAUUAUUUUCUUAAGGCAAGCCGAAGUUUUGUAGCCGACGUAUACGCCCCUUCCUUGGUGAUUGGUCAACAGUAGGCAUUCUUCAAUUAAGUGUUUGUCAUUCAACGAGAGACGACUCGUUUUAAUGCAAAUGUUUUCACUUGAGAAAUACAUAUUAGUUGGAUGUAAAAUUGCGCGACUAUGACCUCCUCUGCAAAAACUUAAAAAUUAAUUACAGAUUUCUUGAGUUAACUUAGAUUAAUUCUGACUAGUUUGAGGAAGUGUAUACUGGCUACGGCGUCUCAAGAGGGACAAACAGUACUAUUGCCACUUUUUUCUCAUUUUUCAACCAAAUGUCUUUUAAGGGAGUAUGCGAGACAUAGACGUUCACUUCGCAUAGCCGAGUUCUGCUAGGAUGCCUUAAGGAGGAAUCAGGCCUCAUCUCUGACAUUUCCCAUAAGGAUUGAUUUACAAUAGCUUUCAGGGAUUCAAAUUUUUUUUUUUUUACCUCAUAUCCUAUUCAUAAAGGACAUUUAUCUGAGUAUGAGUUCCAGCAAAUUGACAUGCCUUGAUGCCACAAUUUCUCAUGGUGGACAAUCCAGAGUUGUACUGUUCAGUGUUGCCCUCAUUACCCUUGCCCAUGCUCAAACCAGGAUGUGGGGUUUGUUUUCACAACAUAGGAACUGGCCAAGCACAUUGGUGAAGGUUGUGGUUCACUGUUCUUGUAGUAUGGUGGGUUGGGGAAAGGGGUGAAUUUACUAACUGCUUGUGUGAUAUUGGUACUCAAUGAGAUGUGGAUACUGUUGGAUGACCUGUUGUUCAUGUGUCCCAGAGUUCUAAGUUACAUUUAUUUUUAACUGAACUGUGGCAAUGUCUGUGAUAUCCCUUCUUGUCUGGGACAGAUUGAGUUCCUGAACUCGGUUAUCGUGGACUUGCAGAAGAAGAAUGAGGAACUUAAGGGCAAGCUGGAGAAGAUGGCAGAGGCUGCCCUCAAUGGGAAUAAUGCAAGCGAGCUUGACAACUAUGAUGGGUCAGCCUUCUCCCAUGCUCUUAAACACUAACCCUGAGUCAGACAAGUUAAAGCCCACACUAACCUCAUGCUUUUUCCUUUUUUGUUAAUUUCAUUAAGUUAGUUCAGAAAAUGAAGCAGUAUUUAUAUCUUAAUAUUUCAUCAGUCUUAGUUUGUCUCCCCCCCAUAAAGUACUUUUCCAUUUGUCUAGUUUACUGUGCAUGCUCACGCCCUGACCCUGUAUGUCUCCCACCCUCUUUUCAGCGGUUUUAACGAAGGCCCCUCCAAAAAGAAGGUCCCACCAAGGCUCUUCUGUGACAUCUGUGACUGCUUCGACCUCCAUGAUACAGAAGAAUGUCCCACUCAGAUGCAGAUGCCAGACUCCCCACCCCACACCACCUACCACGGCAGUAAGGAUGAGGAGAGAGCUUAUUGUGACAUCUGUGAGGCCUUUGGCCAUUGGACUGACUCCUGUAAUGACGACCAGACCUUCUAA